CAAGCAGCCCGGACCAGAGCCUGGGGAAGGGGCGUGGGUGUUAUCUGCCGUGCGGGUGCUCGGGGCUGUGUGGCCGGCAGAUCCGGGCGGGCUGUGGGUCCGUGGCCGCCGCCUCCCGCUUGGCCCGGGCCGAGAGCAGCGUGGCCGGAGCCGCCGCCUCCCCGGAGCGGCCGCAGCCGCCGGCCCAGCGCCGUGCCCGGCAUGGCCGGGGCCCCGCGCCUCCUCCUGCUCCUGCUGGCGCUGCCGCGGGCCGGGGAGCGCGGCCGGGCCGGGCCGGGCCGGGGCGGGAGGGCCCGGGAAGGGCGCGGGCAGCGCCGAGCUCCCGGCAGGGCGAGCCCCGCAGCGGGGCAGGGCCGGCCGGGGGCAAAGGCCGGGGCCGGCGGCAUGAUAGCCUUGGAGCUGCCCCUGCCCGGCCGGGACAGGGACCUUGCACCCGGAGCGGCAGGAGCGGCCGGGGCUGGGCAGGGCAAUGCCCGUGUGCGCGGGGGUCGCCCUCAAUCCGUGUUGUUCCCGGCAAGUGCAGCAUGGUCCGGAGCCGGUGCAGACGCCGCCCCGAUAGAGCUGGUCGGGACCGCGGGGGAGACGGUCACGUUUCCUCUCGAGAUCCCGGCAGGGGAGACAUUAGAUAAUGCUGUCUGGACGAUUGGCACAGAGAGUCUAGCAUCGGCGGGACCAGGAGACCCCGCGAGUGUCGUUGUCACAGACAGGCGCUAUAGGGGUCGCCUGCGUGUCCCCAACCCCAGCCUCGCACUGCACAUCACCGACCUGAGGCCGGAGGACGCGGGGUCCUACACAGCUAGAGUCAACACGGAUAAGAGCCAAUUCACCCGGUUCUUCUCACUGCGGGUCUACGAGUGGCUGACCCAGCCCACGAUUCACUGCAAUGCCCAGAGCUGUGCAAAUAGGCUCUGUAACACCACUGCACCAUCCCCAACGGAAGCAGCAAAGUGACCUACAGCUGGAGCACCCCACAGCCCCUCAGUAUGAGCAGUCAAGGAUCCAUAGUGGUCAUCUCUCACCCAGAUCUUCUGAUAAACGUCAUGUGCACAGUGCAGAACCCCGCCAGCAGCAGCUCCACGACAGCCUCUGUCAAGGCCCUUUGUGCAGAAAAUCAACUUAUCUGGUGUGUAAAGAAACGAGAGGGCACGGAUUCUUCUGCACCUAGUCCUGGGUGAUCCGGUCACUGAUCCAAGAUCCAGAACACGGACAAAGGAGUUGGGAACAUUGGACAAAACCUCACAGACUGCCCAUCCAGAGACGUCGCCUCUGUACAACCGUGGGGUGGUGAGCAUCUUUUAUUGCUUUGCAGUAACUGCAGUUCUAAGAUUGUAACUGCUGAAAAUGCUUCAUUUUUCAUUGAGGGUUGUAUCUGAAAGGGUUCAAUAAACUUGCUUCUAGUUUAGGACAA